GGGGUUCGACCAACAGUCACCCUUGGUUCGCCACUUCAGCAGCAAGCAGAGACCCUCCAUCGCCAUGGCAUUCCACAUUGGUCACCUUCUCAUCGCCGGCCUCUUGGCCCUGUCCGCCGUGUCCUCCGAGACCAUCCAGCUGCAGCCCACGCAGGGCAUCCUCAUCCCGGCACCUCUGGCCGAGAACAUCCGCGUGUCGCGUGCCGCCUACGGCGGAUACGGUGCUGCUGCCCCCGCCACCGCCUCGUACGCCGCUCCAGCUGCCUACUCCGCUCCCGCUGCCCCCGCCUACUCGCCCCCCGCUGCUGCUCCCGCCUACGCCGCCCCCGCCCCUGCACCGGCCUCCAUCCCGUCGCCGCCGUGCCCCAAGAACUACCUGUUCAGCUGCCAGCCCUCCCUCCAGCCCGUGCCCUGCUCCGCCCCAGCUCCGUCCUACGGAUCCGCCGGCGCCUACUCGCAGUACGUGCCCCAGUACGCCGUUCCCUUCGUCCGGGAACUGUAAGGCAACGUAACGAGGCGAACUGGAAAACCGAGUCUAUGAAUAAAGUAAAGCGUGUAUAAAAACA